UGUCUCGCGUGAUUAUAUUAUUUGUGCGUUAAGCGCAGCGGCAACGUUUGGCACCUGUUCAACAACUUUCUUACUCUUGGAAAAUCGCUUAAAAAUUAUAUUUAAGUAAUUUAUGCAAAUAGCUGGGACAAGACAGCGCCGAGGUUUCUCCAAGCAGACGUUGACCUAAUCUCCUUGACCACUCAACAAGGCCAAGCCUCAUCACUUCAGGGACUUGUGCAGCCGCAAUAUUAAUUUAGUACGCAGACAAAAGCAGUUCAAUUGAAGAAAAAGCAAGUUGCGGGACAAUCAGCACAGCGCAGACGGUUUCAAGUUACGCCAAUCUAUAUUAAAUUGUAGCUGCAGCAAUUACUUAAAGUUCAAUCUACUUGGUUGGUAGUCGCAAAUAGCGUUUUAUUAAGCAUACGCUACGUUAGCCAGCGGCAGACAGAUUCACAUCAAAUUAGUAAUCAAACAACAACACAAAGCAAGGCCCCCUUGGCAACGCCGCCACAAGCCUAAUCCGUGUCGAGGCAAGUCAACUCAAGCGACGGACAAACUAAUAAGACGAUUUGCUUUUUAUUGAAAUUAUGAUUAAUGACUGAAAUAUGCUGCGACGCGCAAUGAGGCAACAACGCUCGCCUUAAGCAAUGAUGUUGAUGAUGAUGAUGCUGAUGACCAACAGCAAGCGUGCUAAACUGUCUGAUGAUAAUGAGUUUGCCACAGCGCGCUUGCCAUUUGAUGCAAUUGAAGACAUGGCGCUGAUCAAAGGCAGCAGCUUAGUGGCGGUUGUUGUCGCUAUCGCCAUUGCCGACGCUACUCAUACGCACUGUUGCACGCAGCAAAAUUAAGCAAGCAAUUAACCCAAGAGCGCAUUAAGCAUACAAAAUUGAUGGCUUCGCCCGGGCAGCAGUGCGUAGCAGCAGCAGCAUCCGCAAGCCGUCGUCGUCGCCAUCAAGCCGAGCACAACAACAGCAACAAACUGAUCUCAACGGCAACACUCACUCUGCUCAUACUCCUGCUAAGCAGUUGCAUUGCCUACGUCACAGCCACAGCCACAGCCACGGGCGCGGUCACGGCUACAAGCACAGUUAUAGCCAUAGCCAGCAUUCAGCCAACGCUUGGCAUCAAUCUGGGCUUGGAUUACAACAACAGCAGCAGCAGCAGCAGCAGCAGCAGUAACAGCAGCAGCGCUUUUUUGGGCGCUAUUGCCACUGCGAACAGCAGUCCCAUCGCCAUCGUUAGCUUUACGGGCACGGCCAUUACAAGCAGCACGCCGAAUGGCAGCAGCACGCUGGUGUCCAUGUCCGACACACCGCUGCUGCUCGAUGAGCUCGAGGGCGAGGAAUUUGAGCUGCCUUCGCUGCAGUCGGUCAUUGUAAGCAUAAUUUUGCUGAUUGUCAUCCUAGGCACUGUGGUGGGCAAUGUGCUUGUCUGUAUUGCCGUCUGCAUGGUGCGCAAACUGCGACGACCUUGUAAUUAUUUGCUAGUGUCGCUGGCUCUGUCCGAUCUCUGUGUGGCGCUGUUGGUCAUGCCAAUGGCGCUGCUCUACGAGGUGCUGGAGCGUUGGAACUUUGGGCCGCUACUCUGCGACAUUUGGGUCUCGUUCGAUGUGCUUUGCUGCACUGCCUCCAUACUGAAUCUGUGCGCCAUAUCUGUGGAUCGCUAUCUGGCCAUAACAAAGCCGCUGGAGUACGGAGUCAAGCGCACGCCUCGUCGCAUGAUGCUGUGCGUGGGAAUUGUUUGGCUGGCGGCCGCCUGUAUCUCGCUGCCCCCGCUGCUCAUACUGGGCAACGAGCAUGAGGACGAGGAUGGCCAGCCCAUUUGCACGGUUUGCCAGAACUUUGCAUAUCAGAUCUACGCCACGCUCGGCUCCUUCUACAUACCGCUGUCCGUCAUGUUGUUUGUCUACUAUCAGAUCUUCAAGGCGGCGCGUCGCAUUGUGCUGGAGGAGAAGCGCGCCCAGACGCAUCUGCAGCAGGCGCUCAAUGGCUCCUCGCCACAGACAGCCACUGCGCCCGCCCUGUCGCACACGGAGCUGGGCAGCGGCAAUGGCACUGGGCAUGCGCAUCGACACAGCAGCGUAGGAAACACCUCGCUCACCUAUUCCACCUGCGGUGGUCUCAGCGCAAGCGGCGGCACAGGAACUGGCGGCUUGGGCCUGCAUCACGGCAGCGGAGGCGGAGUCAGCGGCUCCACUGGGCUGCUGGGGUCACCGCAUCACAAGAAGCUGCGCUUCCAGCUGGCCAAGGAGAAGAAGGCGUCCACCACCCUGGGGAUUAUCAUGUCGGCUUUCACUAUCUGCUGGCUGCCGUUCUUCAUACUGGCGCUGAUACGUCCUUUCGAAACGAUGCACGUGCCGCCCUCGCUGUCCUCACUCUUCCUCUGGCUGGGCUAUGCCAACUCAUUGCUGAAUCCCAUUAUCUACGCCACGCUGAAUCGCGAUUUUCGCAAACCCUUCCAGGAGAUACUCUACUUCCGGUGCUCCAGCCUCAACACAAUGAUGCGAGAGAAUUACUAUCAGGAUCAGUAUGGCGAGCCGCCGUCGCAGCGCGUCAUGUUGGGCGACGAGCGACACGGCGCUCGCGAAAGCUUUCUGUGAAUGAAGUCGAGGUCGAGCAACCCAAAUACAAAUACAACUGCGGAUAUUUAUACAUGCAUAUGCAUGCAUACAUACAUAUAUGUGUCAAUGCUAACCUCUGAGUAUUUUUUGUAUGUUGUAGGCCAACUAGUCGUUGUAAUUUCAAGCUUAAGUGGGCUGCCACCCAGCCAACCCAAGACAAACACACAUAAACACACAUGCGGUUGUUAUCCUGUACAAUAAAGACAGGUUUCCACGGUUCCUUUUAUGUUCUAUCCAAAGAAAGAUGAGUGAAGGAGAGAUAACGUAAUAAUUAUAUUAAAUAUCAACAUUAAUAAUCAUAAUCACAAUAGGAAUCGAAAUCGAAAACGAAAUCGAAUCUAAUGCGUGCGUAGUUCAUAUGCGAUACUCAAAGCUGAGCCAAAAAUAAACUUCAAACACAGAUUAGAUAUUGUGUAAACCUAAUUAAAUUUACCUAUGCGUAUAUUAUAUAUUUGUCUGUGUAUGUGUUUGUAUGUGUGUGUAUAUGUAUGUAGUGCAAGCAUGACAUAAGCAUAUAACUGUAAAUAAGCGCUAUACCAAAGCAGCAAAACCACAAAAAAAAAUGGAAAAAAGAGAAAAUAUGAUAUCAUCCAACAAAAUCAGCUCUAAUUGUCUCAUAUAUACUUACUAUAUAUGCGUGUAUUUAAAUGUACUCGCAUGAUUAACUAGCAUACAACAAACGCUCAAGUCUCAUACUAAUGUUUACGUAAAUAUGUAUUUAUUGACAGCAACAACAACAACAACUUUCUGCAUUAAUUAUUUUGUAUUUUUUGUAUUUGUAUAAAAGUCACGCCUCUCUGUGAUACCAAACAUUAAGCAUUAAUUUUAUGUUUAGAUCAAACAA